GCUCAAUCUGUGAGACUGGCCCAUCAAUCUUACGGCAACGAGCAGUCCGGAAUGGAGCAGGGCACCAACCUGAAGAAUCCCAAAUCCCAUCUCGAACACCCCGGCCCAGAGGCUCCAGCGAGUAAAGGAACUGAUAAGAAGUCGUCUUCGUCGACCUCCGCAUCCUCAGCACAGUCAUCGGAAAAUCAAGAGACGAGCGGCGAUGGUGGAAGCCCUGCGAUUCAUCGACCCAAAUCUGCUGCAGAAGACACAGAUCCUGAAGUGAGGAAGCAUAACGAAGAGAUGGAGAAACGGAGCGAUCGAUCCGUCAACCAGCUCAGUGAGGAUGACAAUAAGGUCGAUAAGAACUUCUGGAAAGGUGAGUUG